CAUUUACCUCCGCAUAAUACCUGUUACCUUUAUGUGUACUUUAUCGUAAUUAUAAUUUUGUAUUGAAUACAUCAUUCUUUUCUUUAUAUGAAUAGUAUCAUUGUAGACGGAUACAUCAGUAGUGAUGGAUACAAAACUAAAAAUCUUAAUAUGUGGGGGAGGAAACGGCGCUCAUUGUUUGGCAGUAUUCGCAUCACAAAGAAAGAAUAUCGAGGUUAACAUACUCACAUUGCAUGAGGGUUCAGCUGACCUUUGGAACAAUUCUCUAAAGGAAGGAUGCCUGACUAUUUCAGCAACACAACCAGAUGGUUCAGUGGAAAAUAUUGAAUCAUCACCGUCAUUUGUAACGAACGACGCAGCCGCAGCAAUGGAUCAAAUACAGGUCGUUUUUAUUGUUGCUCCGGCAUAUCGUCAUGAACUUUAUAUCCGUAGUAUACUUUCUUACAUCAAAACUAACAUGCUAAUUAUCGGUUUACCAGGCCAUGCAGGAUUUGAACUUCAAUGUAAGUACAUUUUAGGAGAUAAAUCCAGAAUAUGUACAAUCGUUGGUUUCGACUCCUUACCAUGGGGAUGUCGUGUUGUGGACUAUGGUAAACAUGUUCGCUUGUUAGGAACAAAAGACGUAGUGUAUGCCACAAUGCUCACAGGUUUUGACUGUAAACUUCCAUUCCAACUAAUUGAAACUAUACAAUACAUAAUCGGUGAGAAACCAAUAAUAGAACUAGCCUCUAAUUUUCUCUCUGUUUCAUUGAUGGCUGGUUCUAUUCUUCAUCCUCCUCUUAUGUACUGUAAAUGGAAAGACUGGGAUGGACAGCCGUUAACAGAGGUACCUUCUUAUUUUACAACAGUAAGUGAGGAACAAGCUGAUAUCAUGUCGAACUUAAGUGAUGAACUAUUGGCUACGGCAAAGCGGAUAUCAGACCUGAAAAGGGAUAUGGAUAUGUCUGACGUCAUUCACAUUCAUGAUUGGUUUAAACAGCGUUACUAUAAGCAGAUAUCAGAUGAUAGUUCAGUGAUGACGUGUAUGAGAACAAACCAAUCGUAUUCUCAGUUUGUACAUCCCAUGAAGGUCGUAGAAAAUGGAUACGUUCCAGAUUUUGAAUAUCGCUAUAUAACAGAGGACAUUCCAUUUGGUCUUGUUGUAAUGAAAGGUAUAGCAGAAAUAGUAAGUGUACAAACACCAACCAUGGAUAAAAUCAUUAAAUGGGCACAAUGUAAAAUUGGCAAAGAAUAUCUAGUUGGGGAAAGCUUGACAGGUAAAGACAUUAAGGAAGUUCGAGCACCCCAGUCGUAUGAAAUCAGAUCUUUGGAUGAUUUACUGAAUUUUGUAUACUUUGACAUGAGAUCGAAAGAUUAAAAACGAGGUUAAAAUAAAAGCUGCCUUUAAAGGAAACAAAAGAUUUGUUGUUUAGUACAAAAGAUC